AGCAUGAGUCUUCUCCAUCAGCACAACAAAAUUUAUUCAGUGUAUUUCAGCUGCUACAAAUCAACACCACAAAAUGAGUGUACAAAUUUUGGACGGUGCCACCAUUCUUAGCUUCGUGGAAGACAAAGAAGCGUUUAGCGAAUUUAUCGCAGAGCGCUUCAGCAACCUCGAUAAAGACCGUGAUGGCAUGCUUUCUUAUCCGGAAAUGCUGAAGGAGCUGCAGGGGCUAAGGGUCUUCGAUACACAUUUUGGUAUCGACGUGAAAACGGAUCCAAAUGAGGUUUCUCGAGUUUAUAGCUCAAUCUUUCUUCAGUUCGAUCGCGACUCAAAUGGGACGGUGGAUAUGGAGGAAUUUAAACAGGAGACGAAAGAGAUGAUGGUGGCAAUGGCUAAUGGAUUAGGGUUCUUGCCCGUUCAAAUGAUACUUGAAGAGAACAGUUUCUUGAAGAAAGCUGUUGAUAGGGAAUCGGUGAUCAUUAGUACUUCACAUGUUGCUGCUUAAACUAUUUAGUAAUAAUUGCUAAAAAUCUUAUAUUUUGUCGUAUCAAUUUUCUGUACACAUGGUUUAUGCAAUAUCAAUAGAAAUUUGAGCUGUAACAUUUUUUGAAUAAAUUUAACAUUAUGAAUUACUAUUAAAUAUGAGUUUUAUUUCA